AUGGUACAAAAAGACGACGUUACUGGUGACAAUCAAGCACCAAAUAAUGGAUUGGCAAGCGACCAACAAGAAGAUAUCUGGACUUCAAUUCUCAAAGGGGUUGCUUCCUCAAAAAUUGUUCCUACAAAAAAUUUACUGAUUCUAGGCGAUAGAGAAUCGGGUAAAUCUACCCUCAUCAGACAUCUAAAAGGAGAGAAAGACGAAGAGAUUUAUGAAGUAAAUAAUGCUUCAAAAGGUACUGACACUAACUCCGAGGAAAGCGAAAAUUACAAUCAAAAGCAUCACAGCGACUUGGCCCUAAGUUAUACCUUUACUGAAGUUAAAGAUGAUGGCGAAGAAGGUUGGUAA